GGGUUGUUGACCUUGCCUUCAACCACGAUGAUUGAUACGAUCUAUAUUGCCCGACAUGGCUUCCGCAUGAACUGGAUAAACACAAACUGGCAGAGUGCAACUGGCCUUCCUCGCGACCCACCUCUAGCAUCUUAUGGCGAAGAGCAAGCAAAAGAGCUUGCUGACUACUUUCUGACCUUGCCUCAAGACCAGCGACCCACACUGAUCUUCUCGUCGCCUUACUACCGGUGUCUGCAAACCUCAGCGCCGACUGCGAAAGCACUCUCGCUUCCGCUCUACAUCGAGCAUGGAAUUAGCGAAUGGUAUUCGCCUGUCUCCCCAGGCACUGGCCUCCAUCCCCGGCCCUCCUCGGCCGAUUCGUUGGAGAAAUACUUCCCUGGAACAAUUGACGCGUCCUGGUCGUCGAUAUACUACCCCCCACGGGUUGGCGAAGAUGUUGCCGAGGUCCAUACUCGUGCCAUCACUUUUCUGGACGCAUUCAUUCCCGCUGUCGAACGGGCAUAUCCAGAGCACAAGCGCGUUCUUCUGGUCAGCCAUGCUGCAACGGUUAUCGUCCUCGCCAGAGCUUUGCUAGCCGAUCGAAAGUUGCCGUUGCGUGUGGGGUGCUGCUCGCUAACAGAGGUCGUUCGUAAACCAGAUGGCAAAGUUUUGGGUGGUUGGGAAGCGAAACGACUUGCUGAUGGCGCGCACCUCGCCCAAGGUACAUCUCGCGACUGGGGUUUCGAAGAUAUUGAGGUGGCGAACGGCAAAGUUGUGGACGAUCCGGGCGUACCCGGCACGGAGAAAGAAAUAGACGGACCCAACGGUGUCCAGAUCCCACUUUCCAGCAAUUUGUAG